GCGGAGGAGAAGAAGGAGCAGGUUGAGUUGCCGUCCUUCGCAAUGGAGAUCAGAGAUCCUGAGACAAAGAGGCAUCUGUCAAAUCUCCCUCAAGAACUGUCUUUCAGGGGGAUCCCUCAGGAAGAUCCAAUUCAGGACACCUCAGGAGGGAAGCAUAGAAGGAAGUCGACUCUUUGUUUAGGGGGAGCGGAAACCAUGAUUGAACCUCCAACUCAGGAGGGUCUUCUGCCCUUUGAGGAGGUGGCUGUUUAUUUCUCUGAGGAGGAGUGGUCUCAACUGGAUCCUGACCAAAAAGCUCUGCAUUGGGAAGUCAUGCUGGAGAAUUAUAAGAAUGUGGCCUCUCUUGGUGAGAAUGAGAAUAAAGACUCUGGAGAACCAUUCCAAGUAUUCAGAAAAGGAGAUGUAAUCGAGAAACCCGCAAUUCAAACAGAAUUCCAAAAUCAGGAGGGAAACCUGUUGAAUAACUGGAAUAAGGAAAGGUCAUCUCCUUCGAUUGUUUCUCAGAUGCAGGACUUUAUUGAUCAACAAGAAAAACUAAAGAAGAAAUAUAUUGAGAAAGGUGUAAGAAUCUUCAAAGAAACAUUAGAUAUAAAUGGACCCUGUGCAUCACAAGCCAAAGGAGGAGCCAAUAUAGGCAAAGACAAAAGAAAGAAAUACAGUUGGAAGUUCACACCUUCUCAAGAAAAUGGGUCUCUUGAGUCACAGCAAAGUUUUCACAUGGGAGAGAAGACAAAUAAAUUCAAUGAACAUGGAAAAAAGACUGUUAAUAAAAAGACAUCCACAAUGGAGAAGCCAUAUAAAUGCAUGGAGUGUGGAAUGGACUUUGAAAGACGCAGUAAUCUUACAAUCCAUCGAAGGAUCCACCCAGGAGAGAAGCUCUAUAAAUGCAUGGAGUGUGGAAUGGACUUUGAAAGACGCAGUAAUCUUACAAUCCAUCGAAGGAUCCACCCAGGAGAGAAGCUCUAUAAAUGCAUGGAGUGUGGAAUGGACUUUGAAAGACGCAGUAAUCUUACAAUCCAUCAAAGGAUCCACCCAGGAGAGAAGCUCUAUAAAUGCAUGGAGUGUGGAAUGGACUUUGGAAGAUGCAGUAAUCUUACACGCCAUCAAAGGAUCCACACAGGAGAGAAGCCAUAUAAAUGCAUGGAGUGUGGAAAGGGCUUUAGCCGAAACAGUAGCCUUAUUACCCAUCAAAGGAUGCACACAGGGGAGAAGCCAUAUGAAUGCAUGGAAUGUGGAAAAGGCUUCAGAACAAGCAGUAAACUUAAACGCCAUCAAAGGAUCCACACAGGGGAGAAGCCAUAUAAAUGCAUGGAGUGUGGAAAGGGCUUCAGAAACAGCAGUCAUCUUACAAGGCAUCAAAGGAUCCACACACGGGAGAAACCCUAUAAAUGCAUGGAGUGUGGAAAGGGCUUCAGAAAAAGCAGUGACCUUACAUCCCAUCAAAGGAUCCACGCAGGGGAGAAGCCAUAUAAAUGAAUGGAGUGUGUAAAGGGCUUCAGCACAUCCCAUAGUCUUAUUUCCCAUAACAUGAUUCAUAGACUGGAGAAUCCCCAAAACAAAGAUAUAUUUGUGGCGGAGGAGAAGAAGGAGCAGGUUGAGUUGCAGUCCUUCGCAAUGGAGAUCAGAGAUCCUGAGACAAAGGUGCAUUUGUCAAAUCUCCCUCAAGAACUGCCUUUCAGGGGGAUCCCUCAGGGAGAUCCAGUUCAGGAGACCUCAGGAGGGAAGAAUAGAAGGAAGUCGACUCUUUGUUUGGGGGGAGUGGAAACCAUGACUGAACCUCCAACUCAGGAGGUUCUUCUGCCCUUUCAGGAGGUGGCUGUUUAUUUCUCCGAGGAGGAAUGGUCUCAGCUGGAUCCUGACCAAAAAGCUCUGCAUUGGGAAGUCAUGCUGGAGAAUUAUAAGAAUGUGGCCUCUCUUGGUGAGAAUGAGAAUAAUGACUCUGGAGAACCAUUCCAAGUAUUCAGACAAGGAGAUGUAAUGGAGAAACCUGCAAUUCAAACAGAAUUCCAAAAUCAGGAGAGAAACCUGUUGAAUAACUGGAAUAAGGAAAGGUCAUCUCCUUCGAUUGUUUCUCAGAUGCAGGACUUUAUUGAUCAACAAGAAAAACUAAAGAAGAAAUAUAUUGAGAAAGGUGUAAGAAUCUUCAAAGACACAUUAAAUGUAAAUGGACCAUGUCCAUCACAAGCCAAAGGAGGAGCCAAUAUGGGCAAAGACAAAGGAAAGAAAUACAGAUGGAAGUUCACACCUUCACAAGAAAAUGGGUCUCUUGAAUCACAGAAAAGUUUUCACAUGGGAGAGAAGACAAAUAAAUGCAAUGAACAUGGAAAAAAGACUGUUAAUAAAAAGACAUCCACAAUGGAGAAGCCAUAUAAAUGCAUGGAGUGUGGAAAGGACUUCGGAACACGCAGUAAGCUUACACUCCAUCAAAGGAUCCACACAGGAGAGAAGCCAUAUAAAUGCAUGGAGUGUGGAAAGGGCUUCAUCCAAAACAAUCACCUUAUUACCCAUCAAAGGAUCCACACAGGGGAGAAGCCCUAUAAAUGCAUGGAGUGUGGAAUGGACUUUGGAAGACGCAGUAAUCUUACAAUCCAUCAAAGGAUCCACACAGGAGAGAAGCCCUAUAAAUGCAUGGAGUGUGGAAAGGGCUUUAUCCGAAACACUACCCUUAUUAGCCAUCAAAGGAUGCACACAGGGGAGAAGCCCUAUAAAUGCAUGGAGUGUGGAAAGGGCUUCAGAAGAAGCAGUGAACUUACACGCCAUCAAAGGAUCCACACAGGGGAGAAGCCAUAUAAAUGCAUGGAGUGUGGAAAGGGCUUCACCCAAAACAAUCACCUUAUUACCCAUCAAAGGAUCCACACAGGGGAGAAGCCCUAUAAAUGCAUGGAGUGUGGAAAGGACUUCGGAACACGCAGUAAUCUUACACCCCAUCAAAGGAUUCACACAGGAGAGAAGCCCUAUAAAUGCAUGGAGUGUGGAAAGGACUUCGGAACACGCAGUAAUCUUACAGUCCAUCAAAGGAUGCACACAGGGGAGAAGCCAUAUAAAUGCAUGGAGUGUGGAAAGGGCUUCAGAACAAGCCAUGAACUUACAUGUCAUCAAAAGAUGCACACAGGGGAGAAGCCAUAUAAAUGCAUGAAGUGUGGAAAGGGCUUCAGCACACCCCAUAGUCUUAUUUCCCAUAACAUGAUUCAUAGAGUGGAGAAUCCCCCAAACAAAGAUAUAUGUGCUAGAUCUCUUUUUUCCCCUCACCUCCAUAUCCAGAAGAAUCUCUUCAAACCAUCGGAAAAUCUUCAGGUCUUGUGUUUGGAAGAUUUUGUCUCUUUAUUUGUGAUCUGUGGAUUGAUCCCGGAGGUUCUUCUGCCCUUUGAGGAGGUGGCUGUUUAUUUCUCCGAGGAGGAGUGGUCUCAGCUGGAUCCUGACCAAAAAGCUCUGCAUUGGGAAGUCAUGCUGGAGAAUUAUAAGAAUGUGGCCUCUCUUGGUGAUAGUGAGAAUGACCAUGAAGUCUCUGGAGAACUAGUCAAAGUGCUCAGACAAGGAGAUGUAAUGAAGAAACCUGCAAUUCAAACAGAAUUGCAAAGGCAGGAGAGAAACCAGUCAAAUAACUGGAAUAAGGAAAGCUCAACUUUAGAUGUAAAUGGACCCUGUCCAUCACAAGCCAAAAGACAAACAAAUAUAUGCAAAGACACAGGGAAAAAUUACAGUUGGAUAUUCACACUUUCUCAAGAAAAUGGUUCUCUUGAGUCACAGAAAAGUUUUCUCAUAGGAGAGAAGUCAAAUAAAUUCAAAGAACAUGGAAACAAGGUUGUUAAUAAAAGGACAUCCACAAGGGAGAAUCCAUAUAAAUGCACGGGGUGUGGAAGGACCUUCAGAACAAGCAAUGAACUUACACGCCAUCAAAGGAGCCACACAGGGGAGAAGCCAUAUAAAUGCAUUGAGUGUGGAAAGGGCUUUAGCCGAAAGAGUACCCUUAUUACCCAUGAAAUUAUCCACAAAAAGGAUAAGCCAUAUAAAUGCAUGGAGUGUGGAAAGGGCUUUAGCCAAAAGAGUAACCUUAUUACCCAUCAAAAGAUCCACAAAGCGGAGAAGCCAUAUAAAUGCAUGGAGUGUGGAAAGGCCUUUAAAAGAAGCAGUGAACUUACAUGCCAUCAAAGGACCCACACAGGGGAGAAGCCAUAUAAAUGCAUGGAGUGUGGAAAGAGCUUCAGAAUAAGCAGUCAUCUCACACGCCAUCAAAGGAUUCACACAAGGGAGAAGCCAUAUAAAUGCAUGGAGUGUGGAAAGAGCUUCAGAAUAAGCAGUCAUCUCACAUGCCAUCAAAGGAUUCACACAAGGGAGAAGCCAUAUAAAUGCAUGGAGUGUGGAAAGGGCUUUACCCAACAUGGUCAUCUUUUUCCCCACCAAUCAAUCCACAUGGGAGAAAAGCCCUAUAAAUGCAUGGAGUGUGGAAAGGACUUUGGAAGAUGCAGUAAUCUUACAAUCCAUCAAAGGAUCCACACAGGAGAGAAGCCCUAUAAUUGCAUGGAGUGUGGAAAGGACUUUGGAAGAUGCAGUAAUCUUACAAUCCAUCAAAGGAUCCACACAGGAGAGAAGCCCUAUAAUUGCAUGGAGUGUGGAAAGGGCUUUAUCCGAAACAGUAGCCUUAUUACCCAUCAAAGGAUGCAUACAGGGGAGAAGCCCUAUAAAUGCAUGGAGUGUGGAAAGGGAUUCAGAAGAAGCAGUGAACUUACACGCCAUCAAAGGAUCCACACAGGAGAGAAGCCAUAUAAAUGCAUGGAGUGUGGAAAGGGCUUCAUCCAAAACAGUCACCUUAUUACCCAUCAAAGGAUCCACACAGGAGAGAAGCCAUAUAAAUGCAUGGAGUGUGGAAAGGGCUUCAUCCAAAACAGUCACCUUAUUACCCAUCAAAGGAUGCACACAGGGGAGAAGCAAUAUAAAUGCAUGGAGUGUGGAAAGGGCUUCAGAACCAGCCAUGAACUUACAUGUCAUCAAAGGAUACACACAGGGGAGAAGCCAUAUAAAUGCAUGAAGUGUGGAAAGGGCUUCAGCACACCCCAUAGUCUUAUUUCCCAUAACAUGAUUCACACAAUGGAGAAGCCCUAUAAAUGCAUGGAGUGUGGAAAGGACUUCGGAACACGCAGUAAACUUACAUGCCAUCAAAGGAUCCACACAGGAGAGAAGCCAUAUAAAUGCAUGGAGUGUGGAAAGGUCUUCAGAUCAAGCAGUAAACUUGCACGCCAUCAAAGGAUCCACACAGGAGAGAAGCCAUAUAAAUGCAUGGAGUGUGGAAAGGACUUCGGAACACGCAGUAAGCUUACACGCCAUCAAAGGAUCCACACAGGAGAGAAGCCAUAUAAAUUCAUGGAGUGUGGAAAGGGCUUCAGAACAAGCAGUGAACUUACAUACCAUCAAAAGAUCCACACAGGAGAGAAGCCAUAUAAAUGCAUGGAGUGUGGAAAUGGUUUCAGAAGAAACUGUGAACUUACAUCCCAUCAAAGGAUCCACACAGGAGAGAAGCCAUAUAAAUGCAUGGAAUGUGGAAAGGGCUUCAGAACAAGCAGUGAACUUAAAUGCCAUCAAAGGAUCCACACAGGGGAGAAGCCAUAUAAAUGCAUGGAAUGUAGAAAGGGCUUCAGAACAAGCAGUGAACUUAAAUGCCAUCAAAGGAUCCACACAGGAGAGAAGCCAUAUAAAUGCUUGGAGUGUGGAAAAGGCUUCAGAACAAGCAGUGAACUUAAAUGCCAUCAAAGGAUGCACACAGGGGAGAAGCCAUAUAAAUGCAUGGAGUGUGGAAAGAGCUUUAGAAAAAGCAGUAAUCUUACACGCCAUCAAACGAUCCACGCAGGGGAGAAGCCAUAUAAAUGCAUGGAGUGUGGAAAGGACUUCGGAACACGCAGUAAGCUUACACUCCAUCAAAGGAUCCACACAGGAGAGAAGCCAUAUGAAUGCAUGGAGUGUGGAAAGAGCUUUAGAAAAAGCAGUAAUCUUACACGCCAUCAAAGGAUCCACACAGGAGAGAAGCCAUAUAAAUGCAUGGAGUGUGGAAAGGGCUUCAGAACAAGCAGUGAACUUACAUACCAUCAAAGGAUCCACACAGGAGAGAAGCCAUAUAAAUGCAUGGAGUGUGGAAAGGACUUCGGAACACGCAGUAAGCUUACACUCCAUCAAAGGAUCCACACAGGGGGGAAGCCAUAUAAAUGCAUGGAAUGUGGAAAGGGCUUCAGAACAAGCAGUGAAUUCAAACGCCAUCAAAGGAUCCACACAGGAGAGAAGCCAUAUAAAUGCUUGGAGUGUGGAAAAGGCUUCAGAACAAGCAGUGAACUUAAAUGCCAUCAAAGGAUGCACACAGGGGAGAAGCCGUAUGAAUGCAUGGAGUGUGGAAAGAGCUUUAAAAAAAGCAGUAAUCUUACACGCCAUCAAAGGAUCCACGCAGGGGAGAAGCCAUAUAAAUGAAUGGAGUGUGGAAAGGGCUUCAGCACACCCAUAAUCUUAUUUCCCAUAACAUGAUUCAUAGACUGGAGAAUCCCCAAAACAAAGAUACAUUUGGAUGAGAAUGUAUGCUAAUUAUUGAUUUAAUGGGUUCUAUGAAUGGAUUUCAAAUUUACAGACUGAACUCUGAAAAAGGUUUUUAGUAAUGAAAAAAGAAACAAUAGGCAUGAGUCAUUAUAAUUAUGAUUUAUAUAUUUUUGAAUGUAUCUAUAUAUACAGUAUAUAGAAAUGUCUAACUAGCGGCUCACAGGCUGGUUUUGUUACGUGAAGGACAUGCCUACCCCAGCUCCGCGAAUAGGGAAACUGUUGCAAUAUGUCACAUGAUGGCCACGUGACACAUAGAGUUUGAAAUCCGUGGUAUAUAUGUUUGUUUUGUUUUAUUUUUUAGAAAUGAGUUUCCUUUUUUCCAACUGCCAGCAGUCUCCCAGUUAGUCAUAUCUCUCAGAGCGAUGCGAAGACAUUUAACAGAUGCUGCUUCCCUAAGCCCAAAAGGAAAAUUUCAAAAAAAAAAUAUAAUCAAAUUCUACCCAUGGUAGAGAACUGGGAUCCUCCACAAUAGUUAAAUUUGCAUCCCUAGUGUAGAACUGAGACCUGAAUCAGCCAGUAUCUAUGCAGAAGCAUUGAACAUUAUUCAGUCAAAGUCCUCAUGAUAUGAGGGGGUUGUCACGUGCAGAUCAAUGUAGAGCGUGUGGGAAGAGCUGAAAGGAUGAACAAUUCCUCUCUCACAAAAGGAGCCAGAAGCGCCCCAAGUGCAUGUGCAAUUUUCUUUUCAAGCAUUAUCGCCAUGUUUUGCUCUUUUGUAGUGUGGUGAGUCCAAAUUCGAUUUAAAUAAAAUCAAUUAAAUAUCA